UAGAUCAAAAAUGGUGGUCAAAGGGGAGAAGAAAGAUGCUUUGAAGUUUCUCAAACAAUUUCACAUGAAAUUAGCAGAAUUCUUAGCAGUGAUCGAUCGAGUCAAACCCAUGAAACAUUUAUUCUAUUAUGGGUUGGAUCUAUAUUUUUUGAUCGGUAAUUAAUUACUUUUUCGUACAUUAUAAUUGCAAAAGCAUGUUCUCACCCCCACCCCUCAUAUAAUACUGUUUUAUUGCGGUGUCACCUCCAUACAAAUAAUUUAUGAGAACGCAUGCAAGUGUUAUGUUGUGCAUCGCAUGACCGCAGUUGAUUCAAUCGACCAAAACUCGAGAAGUACAUGAAACUUGAGAUGACCCAAAUGACUGUUUCGAUUACAUUGAAACCCAUUCAUAAAUUUAAUUGACUUUCCUAUUCCGUGCUUUCUUAUUAUUUUUUAUUUAUAAUUUUUUACCUUUGCUUACUGUGAUAAUUUCUUUAUAUAUAUAUAUAUAUAUACUGCUGGCUUACCAAAAAUACCCUUCAGACUAUAAAAGAGCAGGAAACCUUCCUCCGUUUUCAUCUCAUCCGAUCCGAUAUGUCCGACUGAUGAACCGUUUCAUACAAGAUUGAAUGACAUACCGAUAUAUCGGAAGUAUUGUCCCGUAUCGGUUAAACCCGACACGGGGUGAAGAUAUCAUCCUUGCCUUGGCCGCGGGGAGACUCGGCCUCGUCGUGAACGCCCAUCCGAGGAAGCGAUUCCACAUUCCCCUCACCUCAGCCCACGAAAAGCAUCCCGAAACCCCAAACAAAUCGGCGGCGGGCUCGCACCGACUCCGCAGCCUCUCACGGUCUCUUCGCCUGCCGCCGCCUUGCUUCUGCCGAGCCCCGUCUUCUUCCCCGCGAAGAACGCCACUGGUAGGCCACUUCCGCCCCCACUUUCCACCCCCCGGAGGCGCGGCAUGCGGGUCGGAUGAGGAGAGACGCAUCCGUGCGCUGCCGACCUCGUGAGCGUUGAUGGGUGCUCAGAAGAGCAUUCAUGCCCGUAAUGCUAAGAUAGAUUUCAAUGUGGACCUCACUCAGAAGCUGUGUGGAGCGCUGUUGUUUCCUCAUAUCAGGCAAUCCAGCAACCCCUUUUCACAGGUUAUCGCGAGGCUUUCCAUCAAACACCCCAACCUCUUUGGAAGAAACGAGAAGUUGGACGUGUUGUGGGACAAAGGCAUUGAUGAUUUCAACAUUCUCAUAGCAUUCAGGCGUCCGAGGCCUGAUUGGCUGUCGCAGCAGUCAUUUACCUUUCAGCAUUCAGUGGCUCCUGAGAUUGCGGUGCAUGGGUUGCCUGUGGAUCAUUUCACUCGUUCAGGGAGUGGUGGUGUCAACCUGAGCCGCUCCUCAGUAGGUGUUGAUUUCAGUGAGCCUUCUACUUCCCAUUGGAGCAGCAAAACUAGCAUCAAAUUUGAGCAUGUCCGUCCUCUGAAUAAUGACGGCCAUACAAUAAACAGGGAUAUGGAUGGUUUUCCCAUAACUUCCAGUGGCACGUCUUAUGAUAAUAUGAUUGUUCUGAAGCAAGAAUCACAAUAUGCAAUUGCCAAUGAUGAUAGAUUUACCAAAUUCAAUUUUCAAAUGGAACAAGGACUACCUCUUUUGUCGAAGUGGCUCAUUUUUAACCGAUUCAAGAUUGUUGCUUCAAAGGGAUUUAAACUGGGGCCAACUUUUUUGGUCACGAGCUUGACAGGUGGAUCGAUUGUCGGGGACAUGGCACCAUAUCAAGCAUUUGCCCUUGGUGGAAUUGGUAGUGUUCGAGGUUAUGGUGAGGGUGCAGUUGGCUCAGGAAGAACAUGUCUGGUUGCUAAUGGUGAAUUUACAAUUCCUGUGACAAAGGAAUUGGAAGGUGCCAUCUUCAUGGACUGUGGAACUGAUCUAGGAUCUGCUCGGUAUGUUCCUGGUAACCCUGCCCUUAGACAAGGAAAACCUGGCUUUGGGGUUGGUCUUGGAUACGGUGUUCGCUUCAACUCGCAUUUGGGACAGAUUCGGGUUGACUAUGCAAUCAAUGCCUUCCAGCGGAAGACUCUCUAUUUUGGGAUCAACGGUGUUGGCUCAUGAGUUUGAAUCAACAGGUGAGAACAACUAGUUUCUACAUUCGAAAAAUCUUUGUCGAGUAUUCUUUGAUUGACUAUAAAUACAGGAAUUUGUUACCAAAUGAUCUUUAGGUACUCUUGUAAAGUGUAAUGCCAUCAUCAUCUGUACUCAAAUCACCAUUAAAUCAUAACUUUGUUUCUUUUAGAA